AUGGUGACGAAGAAUGAAAUGAUUAAGGGGAAGCUGCAGCUCCGCCUCAAAACAAAAAUGAAACUGGAACGACCACCCCCAACGGUGUCUUUGAAGUUGCUUCGAUGCAGCUCUUUUUUUACUGGUACCUCGGUUCCUGUACCCGUCGUCGAAGAACAGGCUGCUAUUAAUCUUUGGAAAAAUGUGCAAAAUAACUGUACAAUGAAAAGCCUAAACAGCUCAAUUCAGGAUAUUAAAGCACUCGCAUUUGCAGUUUAUGCAACUCUGCCAUAA